AUGUACGGGCGAGUGGGGCGAAGCUCUCUCCUCAGCACCCAGUGCUUCCUGGGCCUCCUCGUCUCUCUUCCCCUCGUGCUCGCGUCGAACGUCCAUGACGUGCCGACUUUGGAGGCGUACCGCAUGUUCGAGUAUGACGACAAGGGCCAGCAGCUUGGAUCGAGGAAGAGCGCAGUGAACAUGCUGGCAGUACCAGCGUCCUCCUCCUCCGAGUUCGGCAGGAGGGUUGUGGUUGCUGACCUGCAGGAUCUCUCGGCCGUGUACGUGGAGAAGCUCUUCGUAGAGCGAUCAGCUGGAGGGCUGCUGGCCAUCUUGCCGAAGGACAUAGACAUUGAAAAUCCUGAGCAACGCAGCAAGUGGCUCGAGGUAGAGACUGCUCUUGCUAAGAUGAGGGUGAACGCUCCUGUCUACUUCGCCUUCGAGAGCAAUCAGACGCAAAACCUCAAGCGCAUGCUCGAGGCAAACCCAGGAGAGGUCCAGCUCUCCGCCACUGGGCUCGUCUCGCCGACCAAGGCGAGCAACGUGCAGGGGGCCAACUUCCAGGGAUGGCUGCCGGGUCGAGGAGGAGGAGAAGAGUCGAGCAGCUCUCGCCCGAUCAUCGCCAUCGUCGCUCACUACGACACGCUGGGGGUGGCGCCGGAGCUGGCGGUUGGCCUUGAUUCCAACGGGAGCGGGAUGAUCGCCCUGCUGCAACUCGCAAAACUCUUCUCCAAGUUGUACUCGUCAAAGAGGCAGCAGGGGAUGUACGACAUCGUCUUCGUGCUGACCGGAGCCGGCAAGUCGGAGUUCACCGGCACCAAGUACUGGCUGGAGCACACAGACUCGCGAUUGCUGGACAGGAUCGAGUUUGUGCUGUGCCUGGACUCCAUCGGGUAUGGCGACAAAGUUUACAUCCAUACCUCGAAGCAGAAGUCCAAGGACUCGGUACCUGCUGUCGCGAAGCUCUGGGACGUGCUCAAGUCGACGGCAGAGGAUAUGAACAUCCCCCUAGAGAUCGUAAGGAAGAAAGUCAACCUGUCUGACUUCUCUUGGGAGCACGAGCAGUUCUCGAGGAAGGACAUCCUUGCAGUGACCGUCUCCCGUCACUCAACGCACAGAGCCGACAUCCGCUCCUCCAUCCUGGAUAGGAAACUGGACGUGCAAGCUCUGAAGAAGAAUAUUCUUUUCGUGGGGAAUGUGAUGGCCAAGGUCGUUUACGAUCUUAAGAAGCCUCUCGACGUCUUCGAGGGCUCUCUCAGCUUGAACUCAGCCUUCCUCGAGGCCUGGGCGCAGGAGCUCGCAGGCACCCCCCGCAUGAUGCAGUACCUCGGCCCGGAUGCCAUCAAGACGAUCGAGAAGGCUGGGCAGCUACUCAAGGAGUACACGGCAGAGAUGACCCGCCAGAUGUUUUCUCUUGGGCAGGAGAAGGUCUUUUACAUCGGAACGUCAAAAGCGCAGAUCUCAGUCUACUCGGUCCGCCCUCUCUCCUUCGAUCUCCUUAUGUCGCUCCUUGUUUUCACCUACCUCGUCGCCUUGCUCGUCGGUAUUCAGGGAAGAGUCGAGGCGCAGAAGACGAUUAUGAGUCUCUUCCAGGGCAACAACAAGAGCCUCACUGAGUUCCGAUUCAUCGGAGUCCCAGAGUCGGAUCACGGAUCUGACGUCUGA